CCGCAGGUUCAUUGUACAGUGUGAUCUUUGCCACAAAGCCGAUUGAAUCUAUCGAAAUUUUAAAACGCGUUACAGAAAUGGUAAAGACAACGAUGUAGUCGUUUCACGUGUGUUAUUAUUUAAAGCAUGUGUUAAUUUAGCGCGUGUCUUUUGAUAUGAUAAGAAUUAUUCUCUGUUUCCAUCGCCGCGCCCAUCGUAUACAUUUUUAUUGCGGGCUAGCUGGGAGCUAAUGUUGACUGGAGCCGUGCAGCAGGUGUAACGUUAUUUGAACACCGCAGAAUAACGAGCGAAAAUCGUCACGGCGCCUGAUAAUAUCAAUCAUAUUUUCUUGUAUUGCUUAUGCCGUGUUGCUCGUAGCCUGUCUACAAACUGGUAACGUACACGACCAUCGCUAUCAUGACAGGUGAGAAGAUACGCACCAUGCGAAAGGACCACAACAAACCGAACAAAAAUGAAGAAGUAAGGGACGCACACGACGAUACCUCAAACGAGUCCAUCCCUAACGGUACAAGUAACCAUUUCACAUCCAACAAGGCUUUUCAAAAGUCAAUCAAAUCCUCCGCGCUGCAGCAGCAACAGCAGCUCAAUGCAAAGAACAUCAAUGGGAAUCCGCCAUCAGUUGGUACCGUUGUCAAUGACAACAACAAGAAUCCUAUCAUUUUGUCAAGUGAGGAAUUGGACUUCCCCGUUCAUGAAUGUGUGUUCAAGGGAGACGUGCGUCGCCUCUCCUCUCUCAUCAGGACCCACAGCAUCUCCCAGAAAGAUGUACACGGGAAUACACCUCUUCACCUGGCUCUGAUGCUGGGCCACAAAGAAUGCGCCCUCCUCCUGCUGGCCCAUAAUGCACCUGUAAAGAUAAAGAAUGCACAGGGAUGGAGUCCUUUAGCAGAAGCCAUCAGCUAUGGUGACAGACAAAUGAUCACAGCUAUACUACGGAAGUUAAAGCAGCAAUCCAGGGAGAGUGUGGAGGAUAAGCGGCCAAAAUUACUGAAAGCUCUCAGGGAGCUUGGUGACUUUUAUUUGGAGCUACAUUGGGAUUUUCAAAGCUGGGUGCCUUUGUUGUCCCGGAUGCUGCCAUCAGAUGCUUGUAAAAUCUACAAGCAGGGCAUCAAUAUUAGACUCGACACCACUCUCAUAGACUUCACCGACAUGAAAUGUCAGCGCGGUGAUCUUAGUUUCAUUUUCAAAGGCGACGCUGCACCCUCCCAGUCCUUUGUGGUGCUGGACAAUGAGGCCAAAGUGUACCAAAGAAUACACCACGAGGAGUCAGAGAUGGAGACAGAAGAGGAGGUGGAUAUUCUGAUGAGUAGUGACGUCUACUCUGCGACUCUGUCCACCAAGUCCAUCAGUUUCUCCCGCAGUCAGAUUGGCUGGCUCUUUAGAGAGGAUAAAACAGAGAGAGUUGGAAACUUCCUGGCAGACUUUUACGCAGUGAACGGUCUCGUGCUGGAGUCGAGAAAACGACGCGAGCACCUCAGUGAGGAGGACAUCCUGAGGAACAAGGCCAUCAUGGAGAGCUUAAGUAAAGGGGGCAGCAUCAGUGAACAGAACUUUGAGCCUGUGAGGAGGCAGUCGCUCACAGCUCCAGCCCCCAACACCAUUUCUUGGGAAGAAUACAUCACUGCAGAGCACGGAAAGCCACCUCAUCUUGGAAGAGAGCUCAUGUGCAAGGAAAGCAAGAAGAACUUCAAAGCUACUGUGGCCAUGAGCCAGGAUUUCCCUCUAGGCAUCGAGUCGUUACUGAACGUGUUGGAGGUCAUUGCUCCAUUCAAACACUUCAACAAGCUCCGAGAGUUUGUUCAGAUGAAACUCCCGCCUGGGUUUCCAGUCAAACUGGACAUCCCAGUCUUCCCCACCAUCACAGCCACCGUCACCUUUCAGGAAUUUCGCUACGACAAAUUCGACGAGUCUAUUUUCUCCAUCCCCGCUCAGUACAAAGAAGAUCCCAGCCGCUUCCCCGACCUCUGACCUGUUAAUGCAAACGGGAAAGUGUAAACCAGCGAGUGUAAAUAUCGGGAGAGUUGUGACAACAGCGAUGAGGGAUCUUUUAUCAUUGAGCUGGUCUUAUUGAUCCAGUUGUUAUUAUCGUUAUUUGCUACUAUUUUACAUUUUAGCAGACGGAUCCAAAGCAAGUCAAUGCAAGCAGAUGUUGCAGAGUGCCAUCUCACAUGUAAUAAUAUGCGUGUCAGCAAUGGUUUGGGUUUAUUUUUUUGCUUUCAUUGUGCUCGCUGUUCAUCUACCGAGCAGUUCCAUCUCCUGCUGCUGCCGCCGCCGCUGCUGCUGUCGUCCCCUGUGAAAGCUGUCGCAGAGUUCCGUCCGGACCCUGCGUCAGCUUUUAUUUAUCACACGUGAUAUCCAUGGACCGAUGACUGAAUCCUCAUUUUUGACACUGCACUGACGCUCACCUGUAAAUAAAAACUCAUCUCAAAGUCAGAAAAGAAAACUAAAAAGUAGAGCGACAUCCUCAAACUGAGCUAAAUAUUCAUUUAUAUAUAUAUAUUAUGAACUAUACAUAUAAAUAUAUAGAUAGAUAGAAACUCAAAAAAGGAGUAACACUGUGUAGCAAUACAUUUCCAAUACUUACGAAUGUUUUUAACCAGCUGGGAGAAGGUUUAGCUUAAAAAAAGAAGAAGAAAACACAUUCUCAACAGUUCAGUAUUGAAGCCUUUUUCCCUGUGCAGGACGCAGUCUCCUGCGUUUUCAGGUUAGCUCACGUUACCUCUUGGCUGUCUCCAUGUUUGUCGUGAUAGUAUGAACUCUGUGCUCAGUGUGGAUGAGUAACUGUGUACUGUAUUAAGGGUUGUCGUGUGUGCGUUUGUGUGCGGGAGAACCCAGAUGGGAAUAUCAGGUAAACUGUUCUUUGUUUAAUACUGCACUGAUAUUACGUAUAUUUAAGGCAUGCUAUGGCUGUGUUGGCCCACUGGAUCACAUGCAUCUUUGAAGGUAUAUUCUCAUGUUUGUUAUAUGAUCUGCAGACUUCUCGGCAUUUAGAUAAAAGUGAAAACUGUAACACUAACACGUUGAACACACCUUAUAUUGCAUAUAAAAUCUCUCCUUGAUAAUGGUCUGCCUAUAAAUUUCCCUCGUUUUUUUGUUGUUUUGUUUGUUUGUUUAAUUCAAGGAGAGUAAACUAAGCUGUGAAGUUGAUCAUUGCUGGAUAUUUCCAAAACAAUGCCCACAUGGAAGUUUAAUCUCAUCCACUAAAGUUUUCUCUGGCUUCAGCUAUUAUGUACUGCAACCACACCCACUCCACAUCCCUUUAAAUAAAGCACCAGCAUCAUGUUCCAACUGA